AUGUCCUCAUCCAAACACGUUGUCUUCGACAUCGUUGGUACCCUCGUUUCCUACGAUCAUGUUUUCGACGCCAUUGAUACCCGUCUGGGAGAUCGAUUGCGUGCAGAAGGAAUCAAGCCCCGUCUACUAGGAUACACAUGGAUGGAAGCAGCAGAACGGGAAUAUACCAAUCUGAGUCUGGCACAAAGCUAUGUCCCCUUUGGCCAGGUCUUCCGUGCACUCUUCUACCGCAUGCUGUGGAUGGCUGGCAUCGCUGAGCCACGAACCUGGGCCUCGCCCGAAGAUCUAGAGUACAUUAUGGCGGAAUACCAACUUCUCAAAUUCCGUCCCGGAGCAGCAGAAUGUGUUCAGAAGCUGCGUGAUGCCGGCUUCACGGUGUGGGCUUUUACCGCCGCUGAUAUCAACCGUGUUGGGGGCUAUUUCAAGAACGCAGGUGUUGAGCUUCCUGCAGAGAACUUGCUGUCUUGUGAUGAUGUCGGUGUCGGUAAGCCUGACUUGGCAGCUUAUCGCCCCUUGUUGGAGAAGCUGAAGUCGGAGAAUGAUGGGAAGACCCCUUGGUUUGCGGCGGCCCAUAUGUGGGAUGUCUCUGCGGCGAGAAAGGCUGGAUUCAAGGGAGCAUACUGCUCUGUGUGGGAGAAAGAGUCCUUGUCGGAACUCUUUGGAGACAUGGAUGUUAUGGAUGAGACUCUACCAGGAAUGGCGGACAAGAUCAUUGCCCACCAGGCGUCGUCUUGA